CCGAAAGUCGCGAAAGAGGUGGCCUGGAACCAGACUUUUCGAAGCUUUAACUUUUCAUAGAAGUCAGACCUAGCGACUUGGUCCAGGCUGUGAUUGUUGUUAGUUUAUCCUGUGCUUGUCACCGCUGCACCUUGUUUUCCACGGCCAUGGUGACAAUAUGACCAGGCUCUAAGAUGAUGACUCUCUACCCUGUCAGGUAUAUUCAACACCUCUGUUACCUGUUUGACUCUAACUGCACCAUCAACUAUGACAACUCUGUGCCAAUCUUUCCGCCAAGUCUUCCACUGAUUCAAGAGGACCACUUGUUAAAACCUGUCCAGUUCUAUGACGUUUCCCCUUGGACAGAAGAAGGGAGACUAAUAUCCCAAAAGUUUCACCAGACCCUGUGUGUUCCACAUUAUUGUAUUGUCAGGGUUUUUAAAAUCCAUAACCCAGUUCUAUGGCAGCAGUAUGUGCAAAGAAAAUAUCAACUAUUUUAUGAACUUGGUGGAAUGGCAGCUGCGGAACAAAGGUUGUUCCAUGGGACGUAUCAAGCCAACCUUACGGGUAUUGCCACAAAAGGGUUUGACUGGAAAUCUGGCAAGAAACAUGGCAAGCUGCUAGGUUACGGCACCUACUUUGCAAAAGAUGCUCGCUGCGCACACGAGUUCACAGACUGUGGUGGCAACUACUGCAGCGCCAGGUGGGAUGAUCCUUGCUGUAAAAAACUGGACACAGGAAGCAGUUUGUGCCAGCAGUUCCAGCCACUAAUGGUCAGCAACUUGCCCGGCACAGAAAAAUCUCCUCACCCCAAUUGUAAUCAGCCCUUAUCAACCAACUCUCAUGACCAUGAUAUAGUAAAUUGCAAGGUCCAGAACACUCACUUUAUGAUCAUUGCUAGAGUUAUGAUUGGCCGAUACUGUAAAGGCUGGAAUGAAAUGCCACGCCCCCCAUCCUUUGAGGAUGAUAGUCCAUAUUUCAAAAUGUUUGACACGUCUGUCGACAAUGUAGAGUCGCCUCAACGUUUCUGUAUUUUUGAGAAUCACCAAGCAUAUCCUGAGUUUAUAAUAGAGUACAGAACCAACAGUUGAUAUAGAUGUUAAUGUCAGCUAUUCUAGGGUCUCUUCUUGUGUAAUGUCUUAGAAUACAUGAUGUAGUAUUGUCUGCCUGUUAUCUUAGGCAGGCUGUUGUAGCACUAAAUGUUAAGACACCUGCUAGAAUAUUUGUCUCAUGGUUUCUGCACAUCAAAGUAUUUGCUCAUUAUUUCAAAUAAGUAUUUUAUAUUCAAGCAUCAUUUGCUAACAUGCCAAGUUUAGGGACAGCAUUAGACAAUAAGUUGGAUCACAUCAUUUCUAACCUUAAAGUCUUAACUUCAUUUCCAGGUUUGAGUCCAUAGGAUGUCACAGUCCAAUUUGAUACCUGAUUUGAUGUUAAGUAAAAUUGACUGGGCUUAAUGUUAACCACAAUCUAUUUACCGGGGUCAUAGAAAUGU